AUGGGCUCAAAGGAUCCAGAGGACGGCAAACGGGACCAUGCAUCGCGCCAGGUUGGCAAUGCAAUCAACCACAGCGGUUCUGGGCGUUUUUCGUCAACGAUUUUGAAUGACGGAGGUGGAUCACGUGAUGUAGCAGGAGAUAUUGAAAUGGUGAUUACUCCUUCGGCGCUAGGGACCGGGCAGGGCACUUCUGAAAAGAAAGAUGGAAAGAAUUUGGGUAAUGGGGGCCCGCUUGUUCUGUCAAGCGCUGUCAGGAGCGAAGAAGCAAGUUUUGACGAGGAAUCGACAAGUGGAAAUGGCAAAAAUACGUCGGCUUCUGGCUCAUUGAACAAUCUAGGCCGCCAUCGACUUCAAACUGUUAAGAAGUCAAUUAUACGGAAAUCUCGUUCUGUGACGAACAAUCCGCUUGUUCUGAAACUCCUCCGGCGUGACACUCUACCUCCAACAAAAGACGGUCGGCAUAUCUCUCUAUCCACGUCUCGGUCCACUCCACUCAUUGAUGAACGUACGGGAAAAGAGUACAUCAAUAACGCCAUCCGCUCAUCUCGCUAUACUAUGAUUACUUUCUUUCCGCAUCAGUUCUGGUUCCAGUUCUCCAAGCUUCCGAAUCUGUACUUUCUCGUCACUGGUAUCAUUCAAUUAAUUCCCGGCUUGAGUACUACUGGUACUUAUACGACUAUCCUUCCUUUGCUCUUCUUUUUACUUUUCACCGUUGCCAGAGAAGGAUGGGAUGAUUGGAGGAGAUAUCGACAGGACAAGGUCGAAAAUGGAAAAAUGGCAAAGGUUCUAGGCGGAAGUCAGGGCCAGUUGAAAUUUUCAAUCUCGUCGGCCGCUAAGAAAUUUGGAAAGGAAGUUGGAAAAGUCAUUUGGAAAUCCGGCGAGCACGCUAUUUCGAAAGCACGUUCGUCGACUUCACAUGGCAGGGACCAGCCACGAGAAGACACCUUUUCUAUUAACAACGCCGCAUCGGACUCAUCUCCCUGGAAGAAAGUUGAGUGGGUUCACGUCAAGGUCGGAGACAUUGUGGAGCUGAGUCGCGACGAAGAGGUUCCAGCAGAUAUUGUUAUGUUACAUGCAGAUGGCAGAGAUGGAGUCGCUUAUGUCGAAACGAUGGCUCUAGAUGGCGAAACCAAUCUCAAAAGCCGCUAUCCAGUGCCUCAAUUGAAAUGUGGUACUUUAGAUGAGCUCUCAUGCUGUAAUGCUCACUUCGUUGUCGAGGACCCAAAUCUCGACCUGUACGACUUUCAUGGAAAGGUGACUGUAGAUGGCACUACUUUACCCCUAACACUUAGCAAUGUUAUAUUUCGUGGGAGCAUCGUCAGGAAUACUGCUCAAGUCAUCGGUAUGGUCAUAAAUACUGGAGAAGAAUGUAAGAUCCGGAUGAACGCUAGUAAAAAUCCGGAAGCAAAAUCGCCUGCUAUUCAGAAGAUGACGAAUCGUGUCGUUAUCUUGUUAGCGGUGUUCGUUGUCCUCCUUGCUUCGGGGUGCACAGUUGGUUAUGUCGUCUGGAAACGUGAUUUUGAACGCCACGCUUGGUAUCUCGAAAAUGCUACUGUACGUAUGAUCGACAUUUUCAUCGCAUUUGCGAUCAUGUUCAACAAUCUUAUCCCGCUAGCCCUUUACAUCAGUUUGGAACUUAUAAAGUUUGCGCAAUUUCUGCUUUUGCACGAUGUGGAAAUGUACGAUGAAGCUUCGAACACUCCGAUGGUCAGCAAUACCCAGAAUAUCUAUGAAAACCUUGGACAAGUUACACAUAUUUUGAGUGACAAGACUGGAACUUUGACGGAGAAUGUCAUGAAGUUGCGGAAGAUGACCGUAGGAGGCGAAAUUUGGACACACAAGGAGAAAGGUGUCGACGACGAAGCAGAUAGCGUCAAGGCCAAUGAAACUACCAAGAGAAGCACCGACGUCAGGAUAUCAUCACUCGCCGAUGACGGCGGCCGUGUCGCUAGAAAAUCCACAGCGGGGAAUACUCCUAGGAUUACGCUCGAAGUACCGUCCGCUCCCCAAAGACCGUCGCUUAGCAUUUAUUUCAGCAACGAACAAACGAAGAAAGCUGACAACAUUAUCGAAUACAUUCAAACACAUCCGAGGACUGCACUUUCAGAAAAGCUUCGGUUCUUCAUUCUCUCGUUAGCAAUUUGUCACACGUGCUUCCCAGAAGCUCAAAACAGUGGUAAGACGGGAUUCCAAGCUGCUUCCCCAGAUGAGCUUGCUCUUGUCGAGGCGGCGCAAGACUUGGGUUACCUUCUCAUCGAUCGAACUACUCAGACCAUAACUAUACUCACGCCUCCAACCGGACCCAAUACUGGAACACGCGAUGAUUAUGAAGUGCUCAACAUCAUCGAGUUCAGUAGCAAGAGGAAGCGUAUGUCGAUCCUUGUCAAAUUUCCUGAUGGAAGGAUUUGCCUUUUUUGUAAAGGCGCGGACUCUGUCAUAAUACCACGAUUCAGAAAAGAUCUAAAAGCAUUUGAUGCAGCAUCUAUUGUUCAAGAUAGAAGGCUACAACGUGUCAGCAUGGAAGUCGAGGAAGCUCUAGUGCGCAAAAGUUCUGAGAUUGAAUCUCGCAAGAGCUUUCAAAGAUCGAGUCUGAAUAUUAGUCGACCUGGACCACCGACCAGAAACAAUAGCAGUGGAUAUUUUGGAAGAAAGAGUCUCAACGUCAUUGAGCAAGAUCUCAUGGACAGCGGCUCGUCACCUCAAACUCCAAUUUCUCCUGGUGGCGCAAGGAAAUCCUUGGGCAAUUUCUCAAGCAGAUUGGAAGUCCCAUCUCGUGGAGCAUCCUUUCAAAGUGAACGACGGCAUGACGUGCAUGACGAAGCUGGCACUAUCGAACGCUGUCUAGAGCAUAUCGUAGAAUUUGCAUCCGAUGGCCUUCGAACUCUUGUUUUUGGUUAUCGCUACUUGUCUCAGGAAGAGUAUGACACCUGGGCUUCGCAGCAUCAUGCAGCUACGACGUCACUUACGAACCGUCAAGAGCAGAUAGAAGCUGUUGCGGAACAGAUAGAGCAGAACUUGGAACUUGCAGGCGCCACUGGUAUUGAAGAUAAACUUCAAGACGGUGUUGCGGAGACCAUUACGAAACUCCAACGAGCAAAUAUCAAGAUAUCAAUUCUUACAGGUGAUAAGCGAGAGACGGCGAUUAAUAUCGCGCAUUCAGCGGGUAUAUGCAAGAUCUUUUCAGAGAUUAUAAUUCUCGACGGCACUGACACUAUGAUAUCUGCUCAAAUGUCUUCGGCCGUUGAGAAGCUCGACGCAGGACAAGUCGCUCACUCGGUUCUGGUAAUAGAUGGCCAAACCCUUGUCGAAGUCGAAGCAAACGAUAUGUUGAAAGACGUAUUUUACAGUCUUCUUCUCCGCGUCGACUCAACCAUCUGCACACGGGCAUAUCCUUCACAGAAAGCCCUUCUUGUGAAACGUAUCCGUACGUUAUCUCCAAAAUCCAUCACUCUCGCCAUAGGCGACGGUGGAAACGACAUUGCUAUGAUCCAAGAAGCACACGUCGGCAUCGGCAUCUCCGGUAAAGAAGGACUUCAAGCAGCUCGUGUGGCAGAUUACAGCAUCGCUCAAUUUCGAUUCCUGCAACGACUCUUGCUGGUCCACGGACACUGGCUCUAUCUUCGAACCGCAAAAUUCAUUCUCCUCACGUUUUGGAAAGAAAUGCUCUUCUACACCGUGCAAGCUUUAUACCAGAAGUGGAACGGCUAUACCGGCACCUCGCUCUUCGAAUCAUGGUCCCUUGCGGUUUGGAACACGCUCUUUACCGCGCUUCCUGUCAUGAUCCCCGGUAUCUUCGAACAAGAUCUAUCCGCUGAGACGUUACUAGAAGUCCCAGAGUUAUACGCGUACGGGCAGACGAAUCAGGGAUUUAAUAUGAAGAAAUACUGGUGGUGGAUGUUCAUGGCGACUUGCGAGGCGGUGCUUAUCUAUUUCAUGGUUUACGGUCUUUACGGUCAGGCGUACAUGUCUGAUCAAGGCCUCUUUGCUAUAGGCGACCUCGGAUUCUCUAUUUGCGUCGUUUUUAUUAACGUCAAACUCCUCAUCAUCGACUACACCCACAAAACAUGGAUCCCCAUCUUCUCCUGCCUCCUCACCAUCAGCGGCUGGUGGGCCUGGAACCUGUUCCUCUCAGCCGCGUACACUAAUACGGCUGGUGUAUAUACCGCGCGCGACGCGUUUAUUCACCAUUUCGAUCUCAGCUGGUGGGCGGUGAUGGGCAUUGUUGUUAUGGCUUGUGUGACGCUGGAGCUUAUUCUUGAUGUUGCGGGUCGUAGAUGGUGGGCGGGUGAGGUGGAGGUGUGGCAGGAGGUUGAGAUGGAGAGAAGGAAGAAAUCUAGGAGGAGGAAGAGGGGAAGUGGGAGUGGGGAGGAGAGUGAUGGGGAUGGUGAGGGGGAUGAGGAUUAUGGGCUUGAGGGGAGAGUGGUUGGAUAG